UAUGAACCAGACGCUGUGAGGCAAGCAAAGGUGGGAUCCCCCACUCUGCUUAAAUCCCACCCACGGAGAGGAAGCAAAAUUGUGAGUGGAUCCUGCUGAGAAUCCAACACCGAUGGGAAGGAGGGCAGAGCUAGGACUCUCUAGGAGCUCGGCAAAAGAUGUGAAUCAUUAAAAAGAAAAUGGCCCAGCAGGACACUGUAUUUCCUUCUCUUGUCACCCAGGAAGGGUAUACUAUCUGGAAAAUAUGCAUCUAAGGCGAGUGAGGACCAUGCCCCGACACAGCCAGUCCCUGACCAUGGCACCCUACUCUUCUGUGAGUCUGGUGGAGCAGCUGGAAGACAGGAUCCUCUGCCAUGAGAAAACCACGGCAGCACUGGUGGAGCAUGCCUUCCGCAUCAAAGACGACAUUGUCAGCAGUUUGCAGAAGAUGCAGAAUAAAGGGGGAGGCGACCGCCUAGCCAGGCUGUUCUUGGAGGAGCAUAUCAGGAAUAUAACUGCCAUUGUGAAGCAACUGAAUCGGGAUAUUGAGGUUCUCCAGGAGCAGAUCCGUGCCAGGGACAACAUCAGCUAUGGAACUAAUUCUGCCUUAAAGACGCUGGAGAUGCGCCAGCUCUCUGGCUUGGGGGAUCUCCGAGGAAGAGUUGCAAGGUGCGAUGCCAGCAUAGCCAGACUGUCCGCAGAGCACAAGACGACCUACGAGGGGCUCCAGCACCUGAACAAGGAGCAGCAAGCAGCCAAACUGAUCCUGGAAACAAAACUCAAGGACGCAGAAGGACAGAUUUCUCAGCUUUUGAGCAGAGUAGACCUGUCCAUUUCAGAGCAGAGCACCAAGCUGAAGAUGUCCCACAGAGACAGCAACCACCAGCUUCAGCUCCUGGACACCAAAUUUAAAGGUACAGUCGAGGAGCUCAGCAACCAGAUUUUAUCUGCUCGGAGUUGGCUGCAACAAGAACAAGAACGGAUAGAGAAAGAACUUCUACAGAAAAUCGAUCAUCUUUCCUUGAUUGUUAAGGAAAACAGUGGAGCCAGUGAAAGGGACAUGGAGAAGAAGCUCAGCCAGAUGUCGGCCAGGCUUGACAAAAUCGAAGAGAGUCAGAAGAAGAACGUGGAGGGCCAGAGAGCGAAGCCGGAAGAGGAGAAGGUGCAUGGGCGAAUCAGCAAACUGGAGCUACAGAUGAGCGAGGACAUGAAGGAGAUGAAAGCGGAGGUUAAUGCUGGGUUUACAGCCAUCUACGAAAGCAUCGGAUCCCUCAGGCAAGUGCUGGAGGCCAAGAUGAAGCUGGACAGGGACCAGCUCCAGAAGCAGAUACAGCAGAUGCAGAAACCAGAAACUUCCAUGUGAAGAGGACCUGACAGGAGAUUGUCUGUGGGGCUAAGAGCCAGACACCUCAGCAGCCAGACCAUGGCUGCAUUCUGGAUCCCAUCCAGGGUGUGCAUGUGCCAAGAAACGUGUUCUCAUGGGUCGGUCUAACCGUUUACCUUCGGUAUUGAAAACACCCUUUAUUUAAAAAUCUUAAAUACAAUUUUUACAACUUUAUUUCCCUAUCUAAGUGCAGUUGAGCCCUAUGCCCUCAGAUUUUGAAAGGCUUUUAUGAACGAAAAGAAUUUAUUUUCCAUGCUUGAUGCGCUAGCCAAGACUACUAUUUUGAAAAAAAACUGCCAUGGUGAUUUUUUUUUUAAUUAAGAAAUGAGUGAAUUGCUACUGGUAUGUGAUGCUCCUCAUCCUACAUUAAGAGAGUGUUCUGGUAGAUUAGAGUUCAGCUUUAAGUCCACAUCUGGAUUGUAUUACUGUUGUCUAUGCAUUUUUUAAAAAUGUCGGGUUAUUUUCUUGUAAAUCACCUGUCUUUUGUAGAAAGCAGAGACUUAACACAGGGGGAAGAAAACCUUGACAUUUAUAUAAUGAAAUAGUUUUUUAAAAUUGAUAACUGCCAUAUAGAUUACAAAUUAAGUGGAAACUUAUGACAUUUAUCUAGAUCCCACAAGGCACAAUAUUUAUAUCUACCUAGAGGUAUCAGCCUUUAAUAUUUAAAGAUAUUUUUGGAACCAUUCACAGUCGGUGUAGCCAAUAGCCAUAUAUUUAAUAAUGGGGUGGUGGCUAAGAGAUCUGUUUAUCGAACAGUUAAUUGUUCAUCAAUCGUAAUGAACAUGAGAAUUUUUCAGACUUUACGAUUUACCUAAAUGUUCCCCAAAUAGGUACUAAGUGGUAGGAUUUAUAGACAUUUGUCGUAGCCGUAUAUUUGUGCCUUGGUUUUUUUUUUUAUCUCAUCACUGUAGUGUCCACUGUACUAUCCCAUGUUUAAAAAAAAACUAACAAAACAGAAAGUGAAACACAUCAGGGUUGUGAUGUAAAACUGGGAUCCUAUGUAUUUUUUAAAAUGUCCUAACAGUUUUAUCACUGUCAUGACGGACCCCAAUUGGCAUCAUUCAUGUAAUAGCUACACACACUUUUGUAUGGACAGGGAGUCAAAGUGAUGCUACAUUCAUCAUACCGUGAAGAGACAUGUCCUGGAACGUUGGCAGAUGUUUUAUUUCCUGGUCACCAUGUUUGAGUUGUUAUAGACUCAAGCCUGUGCCGUUUGCUCGCCUGCGAGUUUGUCAUAGCUAACAGAAGACACGGGUGUGAAAGUGUGAGGGCACCCAGGAGGGAGCAGGAGCACUUAGUUCCCCGAACACCACCUUGUCUUUUCCUUUCCUCUCCCAUUUGCAAGGACUCAGGAAAAUAACAAUGAUUUUCUAUUUCUAGAAUAAAUCACAAUGAGAUUCUAACUGGCUCUUACUGUUGACCCGUGUAAAGUAUGCUGCUAAAGUACCUAAUAUUUUACUCUUGGUAGCUUGACAGUGUUUGUCUCCAUUUGGACUCAUGAGAGGUUAUGUGAGGAAUAUGUAUCCAUCAUGCAUUUCUUCAUUUCCCCGCAAAUCUUUUCAUCUCUAGAUAAGAUCUUUCCGCCUAGAAGUCGCUGGUGUUCAGAAAGUGCUUUUUUUCCCCUUUGUGCUAGGCUGGCCCUGCUUCAUGGAGAGAUUAAGCACAAGUCUCAGGACAGGGCCACGCCCCCUCAGUGUCUCUCUCCUUUGGGGGUUUGAAGGGAGAAGGAUGAGCACAGAUGACACUGGGAAGAGGGGAUCAGGGGACACCAGCUGACUCUGGCCUAGCAGGUGACACAGCUGCUGGUGGAAUCGCCUAGGUGCUCAAGAUGUUGCGUGUGUGUGACGAGGAACGGGGGCGGGGACUCUCCACCCUAGUCGGUUGGGGUCACUCGGGGAGUUUAAAGAGCUACUGAUGCUGAGCAGCCUCCAGACUAAUUAAGUCAGAGCAUCUGGGAGGCAGCCACCAGCAUCAGUGUGUGCCACACCCUUAGCCCCCCCAGUGUUUUUGGUGUGCAGCUGGGAGGCCAGCCAUCCAGCGAAGACAAUGGACCAAUCUUCUUGCCAAAGUUUAAAGGAGAAUCAGCUAUCCUGUCUUUUCCUUUACCAGAGAUUUGCAAUAAAAAGAAUAAAAUUUCCAACUA